AUUACAGUUACACUGACGUGCAAAAGCUGUAUGCGUAUGCAACUUCCCUUAAGCGGUUAUUGGCCCUCGCAGCAACACCGCGCUCCUAACCCAGUUGCACAGAGAAAUAUCAACAAAACUGCGCAUUGAAGCGCCAGUACUGUGGUGGCUGGAUAGCUGGCGGCGCUGCGCCCGAGGAAUGGCUCACACUAAACACAAACGGCGUGGUGUGGCGCUCUUUGCGCAGCUGUUUGCGACUAUGGCGGCGCUGCAAAGAGCGUUUGGUGAAGACUGUAUGUGUACCACCGAGUACAAACCUGUCUGCGGCACCGACAACACCACUUACAGCAAUAAGUGCUACGCGGAGUGCGCGCUGGGCCCUGGUGCUGGCAAGUGGUCAGAGGGCCGCUGCGCAGCAGAUCAACUCAAUCCUGUGGCAGGGUGCAUCGGCAACGCGCGCUGCGCCGCGGACGCCUGCGCCCAGCCCUGGCCCGCACGGUGCAAGAACCCGCUCCCCGCGGGCGCGGUGUGUUUCAACAACCCGUGCACCGGGGUGGUGAGCGGCGGCCAACUGCUCAGCCCCUGCGCCGCCCUGUGGGUGGACCCGGCCACGUCGCAGCUGGUGGCCUGUGAGGCCGCGGGGGCAGGGGCCUCGCCGUCGCCGUCCGCGUGCAUCUGCACCCGACAGAAGGCGGUUGUGUGCGGCACGGAUGGCAAGGAGUACGGCAACAAGUGUCUGGCCGAGUGUGCGCUGGGCCGGGGCCAGUGGAAGGCCGGCACCUGCUCACCCGCGCCCCUGCCGUCGCCGUCGCCCUCCCCCUCGCCGGCCCCCUCCCCGGCCGCAUGCAGAUGCACAAAGGAGUUCGUGCCAGUCUGUGGCUCAGACAAGGUGACUUACGCCAACAAGUGUCUGGCCAAGUGUGCCCUGGGCGACGGCGGUAGCUGGUCCCGGGGCGCCUGCGCCGCAGCCUCCCCGUCGCCCGCGCCGGGUCCGUCGCCUGGCGCCAAGCCCGCGCCCUCGCCCCACUCCGACUGCAUCUGCACCAUGCAGUACGCCCCCGUGUGCGGCAGCAACAACGUCACGUACAGCAACCAUUGUGUGGCGGCCUGCCGGCUGGGCGCCAACGGCACCUGGACGGAGGGCGAGUGCGGCGGCGGCGGCGGCGGCGAUGGUGGCGAUGGCGGCGGCGGGUCGGAGCCGUGCCUGUGCACCAUGGAGUAUGCGCCCGUGUGCACCACACGCAAUGUCACCUACCCGAACUCCUGCGCCGCCGUGAACUGCGCGGGUCAGCAGGUGUCGUACGACCGCGCCUGCGGCCAGCUGCCGGCGGCGGCGGGCGGCAGCGGCAUCACGUGCGCGGCGGGGUCGGCGGCGGCGGUGGCGUGCUUCAUGAACCCCUGCCUCGCCUCCGAGUGCCCCGCCCGCCCCGACGCCGUGUGCCUCGCCAACUACUGCCCCCCGGGCGCCGCCACCUACCGCGGCCGCCCGCUCACCACCCUGCCUGGCGGCGGCUCGGGCGGCGGCGGUGCGGAUGUGCUGCCGUGCAGUGCUGUGUACAUCGACCCCGUCAGCGGUGACGUGGUGGAUUGCGGCGGCGGCGACAAUCAUAACAGCACUGCAGCCAGCUCGCCCUCGCCCUCACCGUCGCCGUCGCCGAGUGGUGGUGGUGGUGGAGGCGACGACGGCGGGAGUGGUGGCGGCGGCGGCAGCUCCAGGCUGGAGGUGCAGAACAUAGACGACUGCCCGCCCGACCAAGUCAUUGCCGAGUGCUUUGCAAGCCCCGGCCGCUCCUGCGCGCUGCCCUGCCCCGGCAGCUUCAGCCCCACACAGCCGCCCGGCUCGCCCGCGCCCAUUUGCACCUUCAAGUUCUGCAUGAGCACCUACCGCGGAGCCCACCUGCCCUUCUGCCAGCCCAUCUGGUACAACCCCGCCAGCGGCGACGUGGUGUCGUGCCUGCUGGCCAAUGGCAGCCGGCCCGCGGGGCUGGACUGCCGGGCCUGCCCCACAGACUACCGGCCCGUGUGCGGCGGGGACGGACAGACCUACCCCAACCGCUGCCUGGCGGUGUGCAGUGGCGUGGGCGUGGCCGCCUACGGCAAGUGCGGCCGCUGCGCCAGGUCCGGCGGCGGCGGCGGCGGCGCGGGCUGCAGCUCGCCCCAGCAGGGGGAGCUGUGCCACAGGGAGGUGAAGGACCAGUGCCAGCCAAAGAAGACGCUCACCUGCGCGCCGCGGCCCGGGGCAGCGGAAUCUGUUCUGGGCGUGUGCGUGCCCAAACCCGGCCAGUCCAGCCCAAGCCCCAGCCCAAGCCCCAAGCGCGGGCCCAAGCGCGGCCCCAGCCCCAGCCCGGCCAAGGGCUGGCAUCGGCAGUAGCGGUGGUAGCAGUUUCCACUCGGAUGCAAGAGCAUAAGAUUCGGGUAAUUCCAAUGUUCGUGCUUUAAAAUGCUAUGCGCAUAUUUUGGCAUUCAUUGGCUGAAGUUGCUGAUUGAUUGAUUGCACUAGGGGAGAUCGUUGAUACUGGUUGGGUGCCAUCUGGCGUGGCACGGCAUUGAGGUGGACGAUGACGAGCGGCGGGCUCACAAUUGGAUUGAUUAUUGCGUGGAAUCGCCGGUCGAGAGGUGAUGAAAUGCUUCAAUGAGACUCUUUUGUGAACUUGGGAGUUGGGACCCAGGCCUCUAGGGGCGCUGCAAUGAAGCGCCCAGCCAGUCAUGCGCAUGUGUAACUGGGUGCGUGCGCACCCAGUCACGUGGGCGCGCCGUUGAGCCGAGCUGAUGCGGCGAUGCGUUGAAUUAUGGAUUUAUGGCACGGCGGCGGAUGGGCUGGCUGCAUCCGGGGCAGCGCGCGCUGCUGUCGCCACCAGUCGAGUUCGACGGUGGGUGGUCGCCUGGUGGAGUGGAGGAUGAAGGGGGCGCUAGGUGGCGCAUGCAGGCAUGCUGAUGAAAGUGAAGGCGGCAGCGGAGCUUUGGGUGACCUCAAAUGGCCCCAAAUGGCGUGGCGGACGGGAUUGAGCGGGAGGGGGAGGGGUCGCAGCGCUGCGGCCAGGCCCCGAUAGUGAACUCGGCAGGCUUGCGGGUAUGGCAGUUGCUUCACUGCUUGCCCCGGCGUGGCCCAGGCGUGCAGUUGCCCCGCGUGUUGGUUGUACAGGCAGACCGGACUAGGGGAGGAUUGUAACACGCUUGGAUUGGCUUUCAAGUGCUUGUAUGAGAUGCACCGGCCCAUGGCACCAGCCGAAAUUGCGGAAGGAGGCGCGCUUGCUGGGGCCUGGGGGCGUUGAGGCUGUGCGGCGCAGCGUGAGACUCCGGGACAAUGCUAGAGAAGUGCUUUCGAAACGUGAACGCGAAUGUGCGCGACACCAAGAGACGUUGUAGUCGCUAGCACGCAUAGAAGGCGGUAAGCAAGACAAUGUGAGGGAGAGCGCCAGGGGGCACCCCGGGAGAGCCCGGGCGCCUGCAGUUGGCGGAGCUGCGGAGGAGCAGGCGCUCUCUCGAAAGGCUGGUACGUGCCUCCCGACGCUGCGCAUAAUGUCUGAAACAUUGCGUGUAUGCAUUCGUGCGUCGUUCCAAGGAACCAGCUGGGCGCUCCACCUGUAAACACGCUUGCCC